UUCAGAACACUGUAUGUGUACCAAGUUUGAAGUCGGUCGGAUAAAUUUCACGAGAGUUACUGGACGGACACACGACAGAAGUGCAGAAGGAAGACAAAUGAAUUGGUAUCGAGUAAAGUGAGACGAGUGGUACAUACGGAGAGAAAAGUUACCAUGCAGCUUAUUCGUUUCAUUACAUGAUGCACAUAGCCUCGUCUCCUUGUUUCCCAGCCUCCUUCUUCACGCUCACACGAACUGAACGAGGAGAACCACAUUCACGUAAUAAUAUAAUAACCAGCCAGCAGUGCAUAUCCAAAUGAUAGGAACAACUGCUGCUGCUGCUGCAACUACAAAUCCAGUCCGGACUACCUCCUCUCUCUAAAUUACGUACCCAUCCGUCACUCGCUUUUCAGUCCAGAACUACCAACCAACUCAACAACCAGAUCAUCAUUGCACGCAUUAGCGUCCACUCUUUUACACUCCUCAGUUUCUCAAAAUCCCGAUCCUACUUGUAAUCGCCGGUGGUGUAAUGUGCAGCAUUUUUUGACAACUUUGACUCUGUGAGUGAGUGAAAUUCUCAACAAGGGGUGGACACGUUAGUGGCGAAAGUGAAUUAUUGUUGCCACUAUAUACAUAUAAGAUUUGCAUAAUUGCUUUCUCCGAGUGGGAAGACCUUGCCCAUUAUUCUCCGAGAACAAUGGAGUUUCCUAAAGUCUGCUGAUGAUAAUGCAAGUCUAGACUUUGUGAUCCUUGGCUCGAUCCGUCUUCUGAAGGAAGAAAGUCCUCCCCCAACAACCCGAAUCCAAACAAGUCUCAUGGCACAUGUGCUUGGUGAGAUUUGUCGGGUUCUUCUUCUGGUAGUAGUACAUCGUAGUGGGAGAGGAAGAUAAACAAGUCUUUAGCUGAGAGCUAUAGGCAUUCCAUCCAAUCCAAAUAAAGAACUGCGGCUGCUGGAAUAGGUUGCUGGCUGUGAGUUGACCACCCUCUGAAACUGUGAUCACCACCGAUAAAUACUACUACAUCGUUUCUCCUGCUCUGCAAUCCCGUUCCUACAAAACUGUCCCUUUAAUCCUGGAUAAAACUGCGUACCGCAAUACACUCGUCAGUCGAAGAAAGAGAACCAAAAUGCCCUAAGUUGUACACACGAGUCGUGAGAAAGUGAAAGUAUUGUUAACUGGAACUGAUUGACAUAGCGUACAUACGUAAAAAACUGUUUGUCUUCUUCGGUGGUGGUAGUUGACUCAUGAUUGUGGUUAAAGAAGAGCAAGGUGGGGACUGGACUCGCCUCGACCCUGUCGUCGAAGGGGGCGGUGGUGGGGACUUUGGUCGUCCACCGCCAGCAAUGAAUAAGGAUGACGACCAAGAUCAUCACCAGCAGCAAGAUUUCCACAAUAAUAAUAAUUCCAGUAAUCAUCAUAAUCAUAACCACGGACCGAAUCCCGUCGGCUCCAUUCACAUGAGCUCUUCGAAUAGCGUUUGUAAUAAUCUCUGUCACGGCUGUGGUCAUAGAAUUUUUGAUAGAUAUUACGUGCUCGCGGUGGAGAAAAGUUGGCAUUGCGAUUGCCUGAAAUGUCAAAAUUGCGGCGUCGUUCUAAGCAAUCAGCUUACAUGUUUCUCUCGGGAUGGCAGAAUCCUUUGCAAAGACGACUAUUAUCGAACAUAUCAGCAAAUUCCAAGACGUGCGUGUGCCCGCUGUCGGAACGGAAUAGGAUCUCAGGAGUUGAUAAUGAGGGCCAAGGAUCUAGUCUAUCACUUGAACUGCUUCGUCUGUGUUGUUUGUCUCCACAUUCUAAAUAAAGGUGACCACUUUGGAAUGAGAAAUUCAGAUUUGUACUGCCAAAAACAUUAUGAAAUGAUACUCGAUGAAAAUUCUGGGUCCUCACCUCUCCCAAUUCUGCCCCCAAACAGUCCCCACCACCAUCACCAUCACAGUCACGGUCCCCAGCACCAUAGUCCAAUUCCCAGCCAUCUCCACCAUCCUGCCACCACAUUUUUUAAUGGGGCUGGUUCGGGACAGAAGGGUCGCCCCAGGAAAAGGAAAGAUAACCCAAUGCCUUCCACUCCCCUGGGUCCUGUCAUGGAUAUCGGUGCUACUACUCCUCCCGGCAUGCAGCACCUCUCUCAAAAUUUGGAAAUGUUGGGAAACAACGAUCCGAAUGUCCACCUGACUGGUCCUCGUCUGGAAGGGUACGACUCGUCCUCCUCUACAAACUGUGCUGGGGGUGUGGGUCAGCGGACAAAACGCAUGCGAACGUCCUUUAAACACCACCAACUUCGAACAAUGAAGUCGUACUUCUCCAUCAAUCAGAAUCCAGAUGCAAAAGACCUCAAACAACUCGCCCAAAAGACGGGACUAAGUAAGCGUGUCCUACAAGUAUGGUUCCAGAAUGCGAGGGCGAAAUGGCGAAGGUCGCAAGGUCAUCGCCCAGGAUCACGAUUAUCAGGAGGAGCAUCGCCAACCAGAGAAGACGAUUUGCAAAUGAAUCCAAAUUCGAUGACUCCCGGAGGUCUCGAUAUUCUCUCGACUGGCGGAGGUUCCGAGGACGAUGGGGGAUUCUCCUCCGAUGUUUACUGACAUCAAUCGUCGUCACCACCACCAACCCACUCUCAUUCUACACUUAUUAGGUUGUGAAAAACUCAUCUUUGAUUAAUCAGCAAGAAAUGCGAAAGCCAAAGGCUCUCCUGGGAAUUCAUUAGUAACGUGACUUCUUAUUCCAAUAUGCAAUGUGUCAUGUGCACUUUUAAUAAGUACAUUAUUACAUACAAGGUCAUCGUCUAGGGUCAAUUGUGAUGUAAUUUUUACUGUAAUUGUAAAUGAUGUGUCAUUAAUUUACAAGCUAUCCUUAUUAUUUAUAGGAUUUUACCUUUCUAAACAUUGAUCGUUAUAAUAUACAUGUUGCGUCAGUAUUGUAAUAAUAAUAUUUCUGAUUACAUAUCCAUCUCAAUGUA